AUGUUACUACAGAAAACCCUUAAAACAAUUACAACUAGAAUAUAUGCUCCGAGUAUCUCGAGCCUAAAUGUAACGAAAUUCUUUUUCUCUCGAGGGUAUACUCGUCCUUAUACCAUUAAAAGGCCAUGUAAUGAUACCCUCGGUUCUUCUGCUCGAUCUUCACUUUCAACAAUUACUCUUAACUGGAAAUUUAUGUCAGUACCGCAUUCUAGUGCGGUUUCAGCUUGUCAAAUUUCCAAUGUGAGAAACUAUUCAGAUUUCCGCUCUCUACAACAACACCUCAAGAAUCAUCGGGGAAGAAGUUUACGUGGAGAAGACUGGAAAAGUACUGCACUUGCUAUCGGUGGUGCAACAUUAACAUUUCUCUUAUUGCCACCUUUACUUUUGUUUGUGCUAAAUGGCGCGCUCGCAUAUGGAGUUUACAGGCUUAUAAAAUCGGGAUUACAUCAUUAUUAUCAAUUGAAGAGAAUUCAAGGCGUGGCAAGCAGUGAUCAUCGCGUAAAAAGUUCAAGUGAUUUAUUUUCAAAUAGGCCACCACCAAGAAGACGAGAUAGUGAUAUGAUUGGUGGUGGUAGAGGUAGUCUUGGCGGCGGACUUACCGACCUCGUCGAAUCCUUGCUCAUGCCAUUUUCAUCUUCCGUGUACGUUGACCGAUUAUAUGAAUCAGCAAUUACACAACUCUUACAGAAUAACCAGUAUCGUGAGGUUUUAAACCGGGAUCUUGAUAGUUUAUCACCCGAAGACGUGCAGUUCUCGAAACCAUAUUCAAUUUCAAAGGUCGGUGUCUCGACAUUUGAUUCAUUUCAAGGGGGAUAUCAAGAGAAUAAGGUGCAAAUCGAAUUCAGUGGUAUGACACCUACCGGCGAGGAAGUGAUUGUUCGAGCUACGGGAUCUUUGACAGAUGGAAAUCAUAAUAAUCUUUCGUUACAAGAGCUUACAGUUUAUUUGCCAACAAUUGGAAGACAAUUGUUGAUUCCUAUAUCAUCAUCUGCCACCACCUCCUCUCCACCUACUUCUUCGAUUCCUGAAGCGGAAUUUCGAGAUAUUAAAUAA